CAGGGCACGCGCGCGCGCACGCAACACAAAAGCUGCAGUGAAGUUUGAGAGAGAGAGAGAUGGCGUGAGGGAGACGGAAAGAAGUUUGCAAACAAACAAAAUAGAAAAGUGACUACUGCGGCCGAAUGCAGAACCAGGCGGUGAUGGAGCUCGUUUCGGUCCAAAUGAGAAAAGUUGAAAGUUUGCUGUACCAGCUGCCUAUGUAGCUACAAACCAGCCUAGCUAGCUAGCUAGGCUAAGCUAAGCUAACUCGUUAGCUAACUAAAACACAACACAGGAAUGAAUCCCAUCUUUUUCGUAACUUUUCUUGAUUGCUGUCUGGGCCUUGGAAGUUAUGCUUACUGAGAACCAAAAGCAGCAGGAGGACUUCUGGGUGAGAUUUGGCGAGUUCAGCGUUGGAGCUGCACACAACGAGACGACAAACUGCACGCACAAGCAAGCUAAAUAAACAAACAAACAAACUAGUAAAUGCCAUGUCUGAUCCGAGUUGCUGGAGUGCAGCGACGAGUAACAAAGCUCACUUCGUUACUGAGGUGAUGCUUAAACGGUCCAAAAGUUGCCGCAGCAGCAGGAAGAACCUUGGGGUUGGGACGCCUUCGCCGACGCGCCCACUCUCACCCCUGUCAGUCCACACAGCUGCCAGCAGUCCUUUAGAUAGCCCAAGAAAUGUGUCAGCCGUUGCCUCCCUCAACUUCCCUUUUGCCCGCAGCCACCUGGCUCGAACUGACAGGGCGGAAGGUAGGAGGUGGUCACUGGCCUCACUUCCAUCAUCUGGUUAUGGCACCAAUCCACCCAGCUCCACUGUCUCUUCUUCCUCCUCUUCCCAAGAGCGCUUGCACCAGCUUCCAUACCAACCCACACAAGACGAGCUCCACUUUCUGUUCAGACACUUCCGUAGCUCAGAGAGUAUGACCGAUGAGGAUGGCCGAAGCUCAUCGUUCAUACGUCCACGCUCCCGUAGUCUUAGUCCUGGACGAACAAGUGGCUCCUUUGACAGCGAAACUGUGAUGAUGAACCAUGUUUACAAGGAGAGGUUUCCUAAGGCGACAGCACAGAUGGAGGAGCGUUUGCUGGACAUCGUCACACACUGUUCAGCUGACAGCACUUUACCGCUGGGAGAUGGAGUGCUGGGUUUCAUCCAGCACCAGCUGGUGGAGCUCGCCAGAGACUGUCUGGACAAGUCACAGAAAGGCCUGAUCACCUCCCUUUACUUUCUAGAGCUGCAGGAGAAUGUCGACAAACUGCUGCAUGAGGCGCUGGAGCGUUCGGAGAGUGAGGAGGUCACGGUCAUCACCCAGCUGGUAAAGAAGAUUCUCAUCAUCAUAUCGCGCCCUGCAAGGCUGUUGGAAUGUCUGGAGUUUGACCCUGAAGGGUUCUAUCACUUGCUGGAGGCAGCAGAGGGUCAUGCUAAAGUUGGCCAAGGCAUCAAAACAGACAUUCCCCGUUACAUCAUCAGUCAGCUGGGCCUAAAUCGAGAUCCCUUGGAUGAAGUGAGUCAGUUAGAGGAAAACUAUGAUUCUGGGCCCUCAUUUAACGUGGACACAGAAGAGUCUGAACAGAAUAAGUCUGCGCUCACCCCACCCCGAAGGAAACCACUGGAGAGCGACUUUGAAACCAUAAAGCUGAUCAGUAAUGGAGCAUACGGAGCUGUGUACCUGGUGAGGCACAAAGAAACUCGCCAACGGUUUGCAAUGAAAAAGAUCAACCGGCAGAACCUGAUCCUGAGGAACCAGAUCCAGCAGGUGUUUGUAGAGCGGGACAUCCUGACAUUUGCAGAGAACCCUUUUGUCGUCAGUAUGUUCUGCUCUUUUGAGACCCGUAGACACCUCUGCAUGGUUAUGGAGUAUGUGGAAGGUGGAGACUGUGCGAAUUUGCUCAAAAACAUGGGCCCACUGCCUGUUGACAUGACCCGAUUGUACUUUGCGGAGACUGUUCUUGCUUUAGAAUACCUGCACAGCUACGGCAUCGUACACAGAGACCUCAAACCUGACAACUUGUUGAUAACCUCAAUGGGGCACAUUAAGCUGACCGAUUUUGGCCUCUCAAAGAUUGGUCUGAUGAACAUGACGACAAAUCUCUACGAAGGCCAUGUUGAGAAAGACACCAGAGAGUUCAUUGACAAGCAGGUUUGUGGCACACCUGAGUACAUUGCGCCAGAGGUUAUUCUACGGCAGGGUUAUGGCAAGCCAGUAGACUGGUGGGCUAUGGGAAUCAUACUUUAUGAGUUUCUGGUGGGCUGUGUGCCCUUUUUUGGAGAUACGCCAGAAGAACUUUUUGGUCAAGUCGUCAGUGAUGAUAUCAUCUGGCCAGAUGGGGAUGAUGCUUUGCCAGUGGAUGCCCAGGACUUGAUAACACGUUUACUGAGACAAAGUCCUAUCGAACGACUUGGGACAGGGGGAGCACCAGAGGUCAAACAGCACACAUUCUUCACCGGCCUGGACUGGAACGGGCUGCUUCGCCAAAAAGCUGAAUUCAUCCCUCAGUUAGAAGGAGAUGAUGACACUAGUUAUUUUGAUACUCGAUCCGAUCGCUAUCAUCAUUUGGUUUCUGACGACGAUGAAACAAACGAUGACGAGUCUUCCCUUGAAAUUCGAAGGUUUUCCUCAUGGUCGAAUCGUUUCAGCAAGGUAUACAGCAGCACGGAAUAUCUGGCCACGCCAUCCAAUCUGAGUUUCUCAUCUGACCGAAGUCAUAGCGAAGAGCAUGAGGACCGUUCAGAUGGCCGAGAGAUGCACAGACAGAGCAGCACAGGAGCCCCAGAUAACAGGAGACUCUCAGGACAGCGGCCAUGCCUGCGACCGAGAGCCUCAUCCAGCUCCUCCCAGCCAGACAGGUGUGUAAGCCCUUUGGUGGCGAGUAGUACACACAGCCUGGAAGCCAUGCCACGCGUUGCACUUUCCACUGAUGAUGAAGCUGAGGUAGUUGUAUCCAACUUGCGACGGAUCAGGCUGCGUAGCAACAGUACAGGAACAAAGCACUCGUCUCCAAGGGAACACGGCAGUCCGAGAUGUUUUGGCAACCAGCUUGAAACCCCUGACAGACAGCAUCUCUCUCCAGGGGGCAAAGUACCAAAAUCUGCCUCUGUGUCAACACUGUCCCUCAUCAUCACUCCAGAUGACACGAGUGGAGGUCUUCAAGCCAGCCCCAUUUCCCCACACUCCAUUUCUUCCAAUCCCUCAUCCCGAGACUCCUCCCCAAAUAGAGACUUGUCCCUCAGCUUCAGCUGCCUACGGCCUCCCAUCUUUAUCCAUAGCUCGGGCAAGAAGUACGGCUUCACCCUGCAGACUAUCCGUGUCUACAUCGGAAAUAGUGACGUAUACACCAUCCAUCACAUGGUCUCGAGUGUGGAGGAAGGCAGUCCUGCUCAUGAGGCUGGUCUAAGAGCAGGAGAUCUGAUCACUCAUGUGAAUGGAGAGUCCGUACAGGGGCUGGUGCACACGGAGAUGAUGGAGCUACUUCUGAAGAGCGGUAACAAGGUGGCCUUGCAGACCGUUGCCCUCGAGGAUACAACAAUUAAAGUCGGACCAGCACGGAAAACAAGCUACAAGGGCAAGAUGGCCCGUCGCAGCAAGAGGAGCAGGAGAAAAGACAACCAGGACCGACGGCGAAGCGUCCUAAAGAAGCUGUCUAAGCAGAGCACGGUAAUGCACAGCAGUCGCAGCUUCUCCUCUGGCCUCCAUCACUCUGUUUCCUCUAGCGAGAGUUUGCCUGGGUCCCCCACACACAGUCUCUCCCCUGGACCCUCCACACCAUGCCGGAGCCCAGUUCCAGACCACGUUGCUGAUGUAAACUUCCCUCAGAGUGGAUCUUCGUGCUCCAGCUCACCAAGUUCUCCAGCUGUCCAAAUGCGGCCCAGCUCGCUACAUGGCCUAGGAUCCAAACUGGGUGCUCAGCGUUAUGCUAAAGUCAGCCGGCGCAAGUCAACUAGCAGCAUCCCCCCAUCACCGCUGGCCUGUACUUCCUCCCCCCAGGCCUUGUCUCCUCAGCACUCCUCUUCUCCUUUACCCAGCAUCACCAAAACCCUUCAUUCCUACCAUGGUAAAACACUGUCCCCUCCUACUAUUGUUCGUCAUGGGGUUCGACCCCGCAGCACAGAGAUUCCUGUCUCGCCCCUGCUGAAGAGAGUCCAGUCUGCUGAAAAGCUCUCUGGGGUUUUCCACGGAGAAAAAAAGUCCCACGGUCCACGAUGGCACACUUUAGAGGUUCCUCACUGUGAGUUGGAUGUGGGCGGGGACGCAGAGGUGGAGUCUCAAUACGGCUCGGACCAUGGCAGACUCGGGGGGUUUGCUGCCGGACAGAUUGUGGUGAUGCGAAAGCUUAAUCUGUCCGAACGCCGUGACUCCUUCAAAAAGCAGGAGGCCGUACAGGAAGUGAGUUUUGAUGAACCGGAUGAAAGAGCUGUACAGACUCCAGCAUCACCCACCAUGCCGGCUGAUGCUUGGCCCAAGCACAAAGCUGAGUGGGUGGUCCCAAACCCGCAGUCCAGGGAGGAGUGUUUGGUCAGGAGGGUCCCUCUGGUCCCGCAAAUCGCUGUUCAGGGCUCAGAGAGUGAGGAGCUGGAGGACUGGCAGCCAUGUUCUGAUGAAGAGGCUGAUGGGAAAAACACAAGUGGGAGUUUGGACUCGCAUCCAGAAGACAAGGGAAGACCAGAUAGUGCAUGUUCUUCCAGCAUCUCAUCAGAUAGCUCAUCAGUGGCAUCCAAGAGCAAAGCUCACAUUACUGACUCCGAAGAAACCUCACGCAUGAGUCCAAGGAAGGGGAAAGUCCGAGGAAAAUGACUUGUCCAAUGUUGAUGUCACUUUAAUAUUCCAUACCCAAGUUGACAAGGAAGUUAUCUGUCCUCCUCUCUCAGCACUCCUGUUGAAUGAGAAGAAGUGGGAGCUAUUGGGUUGGAAUGCCACUUAGUGUCUUUUAAAUUCAGUUUAAAAAUGAAGUAAGCUAGAUUUUUACAGGGGAAUAUUUAUCAUUUUUUUUAACGCGCGUUUGAAUUCUAAUGAUGGUGAAAAAGCAACCUGAUGGUAACCAGCUGGUAUUUUGAACCAUCAAAUGAGGAAUGACUUGACAUUUUUAUGAAAAAUGUAUUUUCAGGCAGAAUGUUUGUAUAUCAAGCGUAGCUAACAUGGUGAAUUAUCACAAACGACUAGGUGUGAGAAGAAUCGUGUCAUGUUUUCAGCGAGGGCUAAACAUACAAACAUGCAGUUAGUUGGUCAUGGUUUUCAACUUGUCAGUGUUUUGGUUUUUAUUUUUUGGCUUAUUGAAUUCCUUUGUGUAGUCCAGUUCUCACAGCUUAAUGCACAAAUCUUACUGUAUUAGGUUUAACGUAGGGUUCUUUGUGUGAUCCACUCCGUUUUGCACCAUCGGAGUCCACUUUGGGUACGUAGGCUAAGGGUAUUUCGGCUCAGGGCUUUUGGCUGUCGAAAUUUCACACUUCACUUGGUGUUUGCGAGGUGUUCGAUUUAUUAGCAGCAGAUGUAGUGGGUUUUUUUUUUGUUUUUUUUUUGGGGGGGGGGUUUGUACAGAUUUGAUUGCUAGAUAUUGUGGUGCCUCAAAGUUAACCUAUGGUAGUGACUCUUUUUAACUUUGUGACUUAGUUUUAUGUUGAUUAGUCCGAUUUCUACUGUACAUUCAUGUUUUGGUAACUAUGCUAACUGGAAAAUUGCAGAGCAUUUCCACAGGCACACUUGAAUGGGUCCCUUGCUUCAGCUGCACUUCCCGUGGGGCUCUCAAAGCUUUUUCCUCAGUUUCCUAAAGCAAUGUUUUAUUUCUGCAGACAUCCCUUAAAAGGGUUUUUAAAAAGAAGAGCUUUCAGUGAGUAUAACAUUUCAGAUGAACUUGCAAUGCAUAUUUAUUGUUAUUUAAGACGUCCUGUCAAAUUCCCAUAAAAUCACUUUUACAGGAUUGACCUUCCCCCCGCAAAUAAACUGCUUGUUAUGCAUGUGAUUUAUAAUGUGGUUUCUAAACCAUAUUGUUUUCCAUAUGUAUGCUGUAGCUUCUUUAUCUAACUACCUAUUGUAUAGGGAGAAUGUUUACAUUUUUUCCAUUGAAUUGAGGGGUUUUUUUGUGCAAAAUCAGCGUAUGUCUUAGCUCGCCAGCAGCAACUGAUUUUUUUUUUUAAAUAUAUGAAAUGCAGAUGAUAGAAUUUCAGCUUUCUCUUAACCCUGGUUUGUUAAAUAAUCUCCCCAAGAACCCCUCACGGUGUAAGGGUUUGGGUUUGGGUUUUAAAAUUAUUUCCCUGCCAAAAUACAAAAAGCCCUAAAUAAUGGCGUUUUUCUGUAUAAUGCUAGUUUGAUGAACAUUAAUGAUUUCAACUUAAUUAGCAGGAAGUUUUUGAACGAUGAACAAAUCUCUGUUUUGUUUAAAAAAAAAAACUCUCAUGGUACUUUGGAGUCAUAACUGCAUCCUGCUACUAUCUUUUGGUGCUACUUGAAUCUGUAAUGCAUUCCACGUUUGACUGUAGUUAAUGUCCCAUAUGGGCUAAUUUUGAGACUCCUAAAUAAUUGCAUGCUGCAUGUACUUUAUAGUGAGCACACGACCGAUGCUCGCAUGGCAUUCAGUGCAAUAUGUGUCUCCUGGUACAGUACCACCAAGCCUAUGACUUUCUGUAAAGUUUGCAGUGGUUCCAAUCAGUUAGAAAUCCUACGUUAAUUUUAAUAUUACUGCUCACUGUAUAUUGUGACUAGAAAUGAUUUGUUCUUUCCUAACUAGUUGUGUAGCACCUGAAUCCUCCUUCAUUAACCAGUGGUAAGAUUGGUUGGUUGUGUUUUUGCUUUAUUUUAUCCUGUCCAGAUCUGGUCGAAAAGAACUGGAAGUUAUACCGAUGACCAACAAAAAAGGGAAAAAAAAAUCCAGUUUUGUAUAUUUAUAUGCAAUAGUGAUGUUCUUCUUCCUCCAUUUCUUCACAUCCGUGAAGAUCGUUGUUUUUUGGCCUGUGCUGGUUUGUAAAAAUACUUUUAUAUCUAUUUUUUGUAAUGUUGUUAUACUUGUUGGCCAGCCCAGUCAAUGCUUUGUAAUAAAUCAUCAUGUGUUGGCUCUAAA